GAGUUCGCCAACUGUGUAUUUUCGCGUUAUGAGAAAAGGAACAGUCUUUUAGGACUACCCGUCUUCUUGCUCGUAGCGCCUCUGUGCUCACUGACUUGAUCACACUGUCGCGCUGACAUGAGCUCCUAUCAAGCUAUACGCCCACGAUCUUCUAAUCCCCCCACUGAAGACGAUGCUUCACAGCGCUCCAGCCAGCCUGCGGAAUCGGCUGUCUCUGUGGGAAAAGGUAGAAAGAGAAAAGCGCCUGCCCACGUCUCCCAAAACGCCUGCACUAACUGCAAAAAAGCCCGAGCAAAGUGUGAUGGGAUCGAGUGGCAGACGUGCUCGCGAUGUAAUAGCAGAGCCUUGAGCGAUAGUUGCCAGUAUGAAGUUCACGUAAAGACCGCGAAGGAGGAACUCGUUCGCCGAAUUAAGCAUCUGGAAGGUACGAUUGACCAGAUGCAGGCUGAGCUCAAGGAGAAGGACACUUGGAUACAAACGUUGCGCGACAUUUUUAGCCCGGGCACCAGAGGAUUCACGAUCCUUGAACAACUCCAGAACGACGGCGAUUCGUACCAAGCGCUUAUCGACACGCUUUCCUCGCUACCAAAGGCAUCCAGACAUAUACCGGGAAAUUUACAGCUUCUUCAAGGUUCUGACUCUGGAGACGCCAUGGACACAGACGAUGAUAACACAUCUCGCUGGACUAGUGUCACGCAAGACGAGAGUAAGAUUCAUCAUCUGAUGGCGCUGUACUUUGCUUGGGUACAUCCGGUGCAUAUGUUUUUCAGCGAACGGCACUUUUUGGAUAGUUUCAAGAACCGCAAUGGGGUGUACUGCUCUUCCGCGUUGGUCAAUGCAAUCUGUGCGAUGGGAUGUCGCUAUUGCGAAGAUGUUACGGGAAGUAAGGUUGCAAUAACGCGUCUUGGGGACCGAUUUACUCAGCAGGUCUGGGCUGAGUUGAAACUAGAAAAGGUCUUGACUCCGCUCUCUGCUGUCACUUAUGCUAUAAUGUUCCUGGUUGAGCUCAGCGCAGGAGACGCAAGAGCCGCUUCUUCGCACUUGCGUCUGGCUACAGACUCACUUCGAGAAGUCAACAAAUUCGGGUGGUCAGAAGAGGCUUUUCAGAUCACGUUCUUCGGCAUCAAUGCUCUUAACAUCAAUUGGUGUGCUCUAGUGUAUCAGAAACCGCCCGCGCCUGUUCUACAGCACGCCAAAGUUUUUGAAAACGUGGAACUUGAUCGUCCUGGUCAGUCGUGGCGCCAUUACAAAGUUGAAGGAGAUGCGAUAAAACCGGACAUAGCAUCUCGUGCCUUAGCAACAGCUAAGGAGUCUGCUAAACUCUCCAUAAUCAACCUCGAUGCGAUAUCCACCUGGUGUGGAGGCCGUGGUCGCGUCACAACGAAACACAUUUUAGGGCUUUACGGCAGGUAUCUCUCAUGGAAGCAAGAGCUUCCUCCUGCGCUGUGUGAGAAGACCUACGAUCUACAGGACUUUUCAGUCGAAGGAAUUCUACCUUAUACCCUUCUACUGCACAUCACGUAUUGCGUUGCUAUUUGUCAACUAUUCAACCCGCUCCUCGAAUGUCGUCAACUACCGAAAAUUGCCAAGCUUCAAAUUCAAGCGAUCAUAGUACGAAGUGCUCAAGAAGGUUUAGGAAUUUGCGAAAAGUUCGCGAAAUGUUUCAACAACCGCUAUCAGUCACCUUUGCAGGCGUAUUGCAUGGUUCACCUGGCAGAUGUGAUUCUUAGGCUCGAUAAGCAGAGCGCGGAGAGAAUCAUAUAUUUUUGCCUCAAACAGCUUGGAGAAGCGCUACCUGGUUUCCCAGUUGUGGGUCCGUUACAGUCCAUGUUUUGCGAAUCGGUGCUUGCGUGCGGACUAGAUUUGCCCAAGGAUGUAGAUUUGUUAAUGGGCGGCCGAUCAUGGAAGAGCUACUCCAGAGAGGAUAAGCUAGGUUGCUCUGAGAGAUUGACUUAUACUCAGCCAGUCGAUUUGUUGGCUGCGGCAAUCGACCCUUCUCUACCCGAAACUUUCAAGUCAGAAUGGGAUGACUUUAUGAAGGAUCAUGGCAGAUGGGAGCUCGGCGAUCCGGAGAGGAGACGGCCUUCAAGCACUUCAACUUCCACAGGACCAGAGACACGAUCUUCGGAAAUGAGAGCGAUGGAUAUAAGCUCGCUCAUGAAUCCUCGCAUAUAACAGAGCAUAUUAUGCUGAUCGAGACAAGCAUGAUGAGUAGUCGUAUAGUCCGUUGUUGUCAAAGCGUCAAUACGAAAUUCUGGCACAAGUGCAAAGGACUGACAACUUCCUCAAAAGGUCGAAAUCAUACUGGCGUGUUAGAGCUUGAGCAGCCCUCUGCACAAUAAUUUUUCUAGCGCCAUCUGAUGGCUCAAAAUUAUCGGAGUAAACUCCCUAGUGGGGCCGCCACUAAACAGCGCUAAUAUCAACAACGACCCACGGUUCUGCAUCACGGAAAUCACUAGCGACCAUCUUUUCGCCACUGAUUUAAUUCGGUGUCAGUGCCAGCGCACCGCUCGAAAAGUAGAUCCUUCUCCUCGGAGUAAAUUUUCUGUGGAUUGCUUUGCAACAGCAGGCCAGCUGAUAUCGAUGGUCAAAUUCCGCCGCUGGGUUUACUAAUCUACGAAGAUAUCUCCGACUGCUAAAGCAGAUAUUGCGGCUUCUCACUCCCUUUCAAAGGAUCUUUCAUUUCCUCAAGUCCGCUCGAUGCGCCAUAAGGUAACGACAUCGUGCUAACCGUUUUGUGUGAAGCACUUGCAAGAGGCAUCGCAUAUGUGCGCGCCUAAUUUGAAGCUACUUCGUAAUCUGUUCAGCUCGCCUCCGCCGGUACGGUGAGGACAGUAGCAAACUCCCGUGCCCGUUUUAAGACACUAGCUGCAUCAUCCACAGGACUUCGUCCUAGAAAAUGUACUGCUCCUGCUUCCGACGUGUAU